AGUAUCUAAUUCAUUUUAGGCAAUUACUCUCACAAAUUUCACUUUAAGAGCUAAAACUAAAAAUAUUGUUUGGUAAAACUCCUUUUAAUUUCACUUGGAAAACUGUUUAGGAACUGUGCCAAACAGAGCCAUGAGUGCACUGGCCCCUGACAAGUCCCUUUCAGUACACCCACGUUCAAUUCAUGCCAUGUUGAAGAGGACUUGUACAACCAUGGGUCCUUACGGGCACAAUUUACUUCGGCUACAAUCAUGCAAGUGACUUACCAAAGGGUGUACCAUCAGCUCGAUCUGAGCUCAUCAAAGCUUCCCAGAGAUAUUACAAGGGAAAGGAAGCAGACUGAUCUACGGACAUGAACCUCCAUGCCAUCUUAUGGUUUCUCGGGUCACCGGCUAUCUACUUGCACCCAACCCAAUUGAAUCUAAGAAGGUGUGCUCUCCUUGCUGUUGCAUCCAUGGCUCACGCUUCAAGCCCCGUCUGUUCGUCACACGCGUUUGAUGCUCACUGCAAUUAGGUAGCCCAUGCAGAUGUUUCCAUGCCAUCCUGACGACUUCGGCCUAUAUAACAGUAUUAGUUAACGUGUGUUCAUCUGCACUGAACCUGUAACAUCACGAGGUGAUAGCGAGCAUGAAGAACUCUUGCUUCGUGUUAGUGCUUCUGCUGGCCAUCACCAUGGUCAGCAGGCUCUCGCUCGCCGCCGCUCACGAGGGCAGCAGCAUUACGGCCAUUGUUGGCCGCGAGGUGAGGGGGUUCAUCGCCAAGACCGGCGACAUGCUCAGCUCCGCCGGUUGGCGCACCGCGAAGGCCGACGACGACGUCGCCGAGGUGAAGAACCUGAGGGCCGCGGCGGCGCGGAGGCGGCCCAGGAAGUCGGCCAGCGCGAGCUGCAUCACCGCCGCGAUGUGCCGGAAGAAGCGGGUGAUCUGCGGCAAGAGGUGCUACGGCGCGUCGCGCGCCAGCCUGAACCACGUCCCCUCCAGGUGCGUCGUCAAGUGCAAGAAGUGCGUGCCCACCUGCUAGGUUUCUUCGCCGUCUCCACUCCCCGUGGAUCUCGAGCCCUCCUGUUCAGCUCCGUGCCCUGUGGUCGUGGUACUGGUACCGGUAUAAUAGUAACUUCUUGUCGUAGGUUCAUCAGUGGAAUAAAGAUCCAUGCAUGUAGUAGGUAGUGAAUUCUAUAAUGUACUCCGUCUGUGCGUUUUGGAAUUUGUAUUCGGUAUUUUCAACU